CCGACAGCAGCACGGCGGUGAAAGCGCCGAGGAUGGUCCUGGGGGCAAAAGGAGUGCCCCAGGCCAGGCAGGACACACAGCCGUGCUGUCUGUCCCCUGGCAGGUUCCCCUUCACGCUCCAGCUCUGGGCUUGUCCCACGGCAGGGAGGGAAGUGAGCUGCCCCUGGAAUGGCUGCCCUGCUGCUAGCCAGGGCCUUUCAGAGCUCGGGGGGGAAGUGGAAGGCAGGGAGUGGUCUCUGCGCUGCGAGGAAGUGGUGAGAAGGUGUCGGGCCACGGCCCCGCAGAAGAAGAAGAGGUGGGGAGUGGGGAACGCCCGUGCUGGAAGCGAGGGGCCGGGGAGGAGGGAGCCCCGGGCUGUGCAAACACGGGGUGUGUGAAUGCAGCACGGCGGGCUGGCCAGCUCAGGGCAGUCUCUUUCCCUCUCUAACACUCCUGCAAAGCCAUGCUGUGAAGCACGCUGCCCUGCACCCCUCCUCAGGGUCCCUCCGAGGUGGGAAAGGACAGGAACAGAGCCCAAAACUCUGCUCUCUUUGCCACGCUCUUGUUCUCUUUGCCUGCUUUACACAGGGGAAUCCCAAAAUGUAAAUGCAGCCUGUGGAGCCAGCAGCAGGUCCCAGCUGUGGGCAGCUUCAUGAGUGAAAUAAGCACAGAUAGAUCCGGCCCUCUUUCCAACAUGUUGUAGGGAAAAAAAAAAUCACCCCAAAAGCUGCCCCAAAGUGCGUGGCGCUCCCCAAAAGUGCUGGUGGGCUCAUCCCUCACACCCAGGAGAGCCCCAACGUCCCUCAGCACGGCUCUGGGGCCAUGGAGCCCCCAGCAGGAAGGGAAAUAACAGCCAGAGGUGAGAGUGAGAGGAAACUACAGCCUGUGUCCCCUCCAGCUCAGCAUCCCCACUGCAGGAGAGGCUGGAAGAUGGGCUGGAGAGCCCUGCCAGGGUUAUAGAGGGUGGAAGAUGGGCUGGAGAGCCCUGGCAGGGUUAUAGAGGCUGGAAGAUGGGCUGGAGAGCCCUGCCAGGGUUAUAGAGGCUGGAAGAUGGGCUGGAGAGCCCUGCCAGGGUUAUACAGAAUGGAAGAUGGGCUGGAGAGCCCUGGCAGGGUCACAGAGGCUGGAAGAUGGGCUGGAGAGCCCUGCCAGGGUUAUAGAGGCUGGAAGAUGGGCUGGAGAGCCCUGGCAGGGUCACAGAGGGUGGAAGAUGGGCUGGAGAGCCCUGCCAGGGUCACAGAGGCUGGAAGAUGGGCUGGAGAGCCCUGCCAGGGUUAUAGAGGGUGGAAGAUGGGCUGGAGAGCCCUGGCAGGGUUAUAGAGGCUGGAAGAUGGGCUGGAGAGCCCUGCCAGGGUUAUAGAGGCUGGAAGAUGGGCUGGAGAGCCCUGCCAGGGUUAUACAGAAUGGAAGAUGGGCUGGAGAGCCCUGGCAGGGUCACAGAGGCUGGAAGAUGGGCUGGAGAGCCCUGGCAGGGUUAUAGAGGCUGGAGAGCCCUGGCAGGGUCACAGAGGGUGGAGAGCCCUGCCCCAGGGUCACAGAGGUGAGUUCUGCCCUCAAGAUAAAGCAAAGCAUUAAAAAGCCCCCCAUGGAAGAGCUUGCACCUCCCAAAGCACGGCACAAACCCCUUGGUGCAGCUCACGCUGACGCGGAGCUCGUGUCCUCCCUGGCAGAAAAAAUCUCUCUGUUGGAGCAAAAAGUAGAGGAACAAGCACGAGAAAUCCAGCUGAAGGACAGCAGGAUUGCUGAGCUGGAGGAGAAGAUAAACACUCUUCAGGAAGGAGAAGGUGAGGCCGUGGUUUGCAAACAGCAGAUUGAUUUUGAUUUAAUCCUGGAGAACAUCAAGGAUUUGAACUCGCUGGUGGGAGAGGGCGUUUCUCAGAUCGAGCGCACGGCCCGGGGGGCUCGUUUGAGGAGAGCAGAGCCCCUCCCUGUGACCCUGUACCAGAAUGGGAUCACCGUGGGACACGGAGCCUUCCGGCCCUACCAGCACCCAGCCACGCAGCACCACAAACAGGAGCUGCCCAGCAGAAAGGUCAGCCCAGAGCUCAGCAGCAAGCGACCAGGAGCUCUCCUGUUGUUCCAGCAAUGCCUGCAGGACAUCAUGGAUGGUUAUUUCCCCUCGGAGCUGCAGCCUCGCUACCCCGACGGCGUCCCCUUGCAGGUCACUGACAGGAGGGACGUGGUGUUUCAGAAGCCAGACCUUCCCCGGAGCUUUCCUGGCCCUGGCCAGGUGGUGGGCACUUCAGAAUCCAGCAGAGUGCAGGAGACCUCUGAGAUCCCAGGUGCCAAAGCCCCCUGGGAGCAGGCUGCCAAGGAGCUUUCCCAGCCCCUGAAGCACAGAGGGAGCGCGGGCAGUGCCCGAGGCACACAGGGCUCUGAUGGGCAGCAGGGCAGCAAGGAAAUCCUGCUGGAAGCACCUGGGCUGGCUGCCCUGGAGAGGGUGAAGCCAGCUGAGGAGGCUGCAGCCCCCGGGUUCUGCACGCUGCGCGUCAGGUCCGAGAGCGGCGAGCAGACGUACGAGCUGAGGAUGCUGCUCACGGCCACCAUCGGGGACCUGCGCCAGCACCUGGCCCACAUCAGGGGUGGAAACUCGGACUAUGAGAUCAUCAGCACCUUUCCCCAGCGGGUGUACACAGACAGCUCCAGGAGCCUGCAGGAAUGCGGGCUGGUCCCCAGGGCCUCCCUGCUGCUGCGCAGGAGAGACCCCUCCCAGCAGCAGGGCAGGGGGCUGCAGCCAGCCUAGGAGCUGCUCACCCCAGCUCUGCACGGGGAGGGAGCUGCCUCUCACCUUACCCGUGGGGAAAAGGGAGAGGUUUUCUUUCCAGAUUCGGUUUCACUGUGCCUGGAUGGAGAGGAGCUGGGAGCAGCCCCUCCCUUUGGCCCAGUCCUGCUGCCUCGCACUGGCUGCUGCUCCCCAGCACAGGGGCUCUGCCACCAGCCCACCCGGGCUCCAGGCCUGGCUCCCCAUCUCUGUGCAGGUGCCACAGGCUGCCCGUGCCCAGGGGAGCCUGCCAGCCCCACCCCAGCACUGGGCAGUUGUUAGCUGUGCUCAGGGGCUGGAGCAGCAGGAUGGACACACAGCCAGGGGCACUUUGCUCCCUACAGACCUCCCCUGCACUGGCAGCAGGGCACACACAGGCUCAGGUCUGUGCUGGAGCUGACCCUGAAGGCCAUGAGCCAUCGCAGCGCUGGGGCUGAGCCAGGCUCGGCUCGGCUCGGCCGGGAGAUCCUGCUGCUGCCUUUCCUGUACGUGCACAGCUCCUUCCCUUGGACAGCCCCCAGCUGCAGCGGGGCCCCGGCUCCAGCCUGCCUGGAGGUACCCGCCCUCCUCCUCCUCCUCCUGCUGCUGGAUGCUGCAACAGGACACCGUGUCACUGGAGAGCAGCAGAACCCCUCUCUGCCCAGCCCUGAACAAAGCAUCUUCCUGCCUGGCCCGUGGGCUGGGGCUGCACUUUUCCCUUUCCCUUUCCCCAGCACAUUCUUCCCAUUCCAGCUGUGACAAGCUCUCACUUGACUCCCAGCUGACAACACUCCCACUCAGGCAGGGCCUUCUGGCAGGUUCCCUCUUCACAGAGCCAGCCCUCAUUAAAGGCUCCCAAUAAAACCCUUCAUUCCAGCUGCACUUUCCACUUCCUUCAGCUUCCAAAGGCUGUGGAAGCCCAGAGCUCUUCCCAGAGCCCUCUGCCCAGAGCUGCACAACUCAAACUCCGUGAGCAGAGACUCAACCCACCCAGCUCUCCCUCAGCUUCCUCCUUUUUCCACCUGUAGCAGAUUCAGGAGCAGCUCUUUCCCCUGCCCCUCUGCAUCCUGGUCCAGGCAAUCCUUGUGCCAAAGGUUUGUUUUUCACUGCCACGUCUGGCUGAGGCUGUCCCUGCCCCGGGCUGCCUCUGUGACCACGCAGAGGAGAGGAAUGCUCUGGUGCCUGUCCCUGCUGCGCCCUAGGACAUUCAGACACGUCCUGGGAGCCUUUGAUUAGCAGCAGCAAUCUAAGGUGUUAAGAUCUUUGUGUCAGCCUGCAGCAGCAGGUACAACGCACUCAGCUGGAAAUGACUCACAAUCCUUAGGUAGGGUGAUGUUUAACCUGUAGCCAAAAUAAAACUGAAUUUAAAAGAAAUGCAAGAGUAGCACUGCGAAAGGUACAGUAACAUUUAAUAGCAUCUCAGAAGACAACACUGGUUAUAAACUUGCUUUUUGGCAGGAAAAACAAAAUGCACUUGGUCCAGGAUUGCAAAAAAAAGCCAACACAAAGAGGAAAGAUGGGACAGCUGGAGCAUCAGCUGUUCUGGGGCAGCCCUGAGCCAUUAAUGCUCCCCAGGGAGCCUGGUCAGGGUGGAGAGUGGCCAGAGCAGCAGAUCCCACUGCCAGCCCCACCCAUUCCCCAGGCAGCCUUCGCCCCCAGCUCCACCGAGGUGGGCACUCACACCCAAAUUCUGUGCAGUAUUUUUGCAUUAAAUUAAGACAAAAAAAAAAAAAAACACCCUAACCCUUUACUUAGUUGCCAUAAUGAGGGGGGG